AGAGAGCGAGGGCGUGGACGCGCGGCCAGGAGAGAGCGGUGCGCGCACGCACGCACGCCGCCUCGGAGUCACGGCGGAGGAAGAAGAAAAAGAAAAAGAAGAGAAAGAGAAAGAGGAAGAGAGGGGAGAGGAGCGGCGAGGAGGAUGAGGAGGAAGAUGGACGCGAUUCCCCCCACGCUGCGCGCGCCUCACUAGGGCAACAUGGGCUGCAUCGGAUCCAGAAGCAUCACAGCCGAUGCGGUGCCGGUGCGGAAAGACGGAGAUCAGCAUGGCCGUGCCGAGUUUUCCUGGGAAGGAAUCAAUCUGUCCAUGGAGGACACCACGUCCAUCCUGCCGAGCCUCAAGAGAAAGUCGGCCAACUCCUACGGCAUCGGCGCCCUGGCUAAGUCGUCUCUGACAGGUGUGUCAGGCGUGACGCGCUCCAUGAAGGACAAGGUGACCAAGCCCACCGCCAUGGCGCGGGGCCGCGUGGCCCACAUGAUCGAGUGGCAGAGUUGGGGCAAGCCCUCGGCGGGGCCGCUGGGGGGCGCCGGCCGCGCCAACCUGCAGCGGGAGAAGGAGCGUCGCAUGGAGAACGACGCCUACAGCGACCUGAGCGACAGCGAGAAGGAGGCGCGCUUCGCCGCCGGCAUCAUGCAGCAGUUCGCCAUCUCCGAGGCCACGCUCUUCGGCUGGACGUCCGUGGACGACGACCCGGUCGCCGACUCCGACCGCGGCAGCGUCGCGCACCUCAGCGACGUCAACCAGGACAGCAUCACCAGCAGAGACCAGGUCCUCCACCACUCGUCUGCGGACGUGUGGCCUCGGACGUACGUGUCGCAGGGCCUCUACUGUUUGUCCUCGACCGACGCCUGGGAGCCGAUCACCAGUCAGCCUUCGGGCGUCGCCUCGCCGGCCGCCGGCUCCUACGUCGUGGCGGCGGGCAGCGGCGCAGGCGCGACGCCGGGCGAGGGCUACGAGUCGACGGUGGGCGGCUUCCUCCAGCAGCACAACCAGCUGCAGCAGCUGCAGCAAUACCAGCAGCAGCAGCUGCUGCACUUCCAGCAGCAGCAGUCGUUGCACAGCGCCUCCCACUCCCUCCAAGUCACGCCCAACAGCACCAUCCACAGCCUGGGCCCGCCCACGCACCCGCGCCUGGCCGACCUGUGGGGGGCGGCGCAGGCGGAGGCGCACCAGGUGGAGAUGGUCGGGCAGCUGAGCGGACGUACGGCAGAAACGGCGGGCGUCGGGGCAGACGCGCUCGGGGAGGCGACGCACGUCGACUCCUUCGGCUACGCGGAACGGCGCGACGAUGAGGACGAUGAGGAGGAGGAGGAGGAGGAGGAACUCGCCAGGGUGGAUUACGUCACACUGACCUCGGAGUCCAAGCCGUGCCCUCUGACCCCGUCGCCGCUGCGGGACGACGCGCCGUCCACGAGAGGUCCCAGCCCGGGGACGCCGGCCGAGAGGAUCGCCUUCGACGUGACGCCGUGCCUGGUCCAGUCGCUGGAGGAGAAGGACGACGACGACCCGGACGAGGGCGGCGGCGUGGUGGUGGCGGCGGCCACCAACUGAGACAAAACGUCCAAAACAACACGAUCAAUACAACAAGUCCAAUAAUCAGUACCGAUGUUAUCCCAGCCCCUCCCCUUUCCGGACAUGUGGAAUAUUAACCAAGCAAAAAAAAAAAAAAAAAAAAAAAAAAAAAAAAAAAAAAGUUUUUGGGGGGACCAAAGACCAACGGACAGGAAGUAGAACCAACAAAAACAUCGCAAUACAAACGCACACAAGAGGCGGGACAAACACGACCUGACGACAACAAGGAAGCGCUUGCUUCAAGUUGCAUCCGUCGUCUGGAACGUCCUGCCAACGCGGCAAAGACUUCAAGCGCACCGCCGCAAUGUUACAAUGUAUACAAUGUAAUAACAUAUCCAAUUGCUUUUUAUAAUAAAAGGGAAAAACAUAAUACAUAACUGUACACAUGUAUUUGUAUGAAUGUUUGUGAGUGGGGAAUAAAGGUUUUAAACAAAGUCGGGCUGCACAAUGAAUCGAAU